GCGAGAGGAGAAACUGAGUUGAUGGACAGAAAAGUGAACUGGCGUGAACGGUGCCAAGUCUCGAGUCAUGCAGCGAACGCGGGUCAAAGCUCACAAGUCCUUCCAUUUACCUUUCACUUGCAGCUGGACGGAAACCGUCGACUCUUUUAUUCAAGUGCCAUCUUGUGCAAUCGGACACUUUGUCUAUCUGGAGGCAUCUUUUGCUGACCGAGUCGUGAGCAAAAGCCGCAAUAAUGACGAAGAAGAAGCGUCCAGCGGUGCCUUCCCUCGAAGAGCUGCUGGAGAGACCAUGGUGCUAUUACUGCGAGCGUGACUUUGAUGACAUCGCCAUCCUCCGACAGCACCAGAAAGCCAAGCAUUGUAGAUGCGACCGCUGUGGAAGGCGUCUCGACACUGUAGGUGGGCUGCAGGUUCAUGUAACUCAGGUUCACAAGGAAUCCAUUACGGAGGUAGAGAACGCCCUGCCUCACCGCAAAGAUCCUAGUAUUGAGAUCUUCGGCAUGGAAGGCAUCCCGGACGAGCUCAAGCAGGCUCACAUCCAACGCGUCACAGAAGGCUACUACGCACGCUACCCAGCUGGCGGCACUGGAGCCAAGAAGGACAGCGAUGACCACGUCAUUAAGAAGGCCAAGACCGAGACGCCAGAGGAGAUGAAGAAGCGGUUAGCGGAGUUCAGAGCCAAGAGAGCCGAGGAGAAGAAGCUCGGUCUUCCGCGCGGCUCUCUGACAGACUCCCCUCGCCCUCAGUCUACCGACAGCAUGGGGUUGGACAAGGCCAGCACCACGCCAGCUCUAGACGCCAGAGGCUCCGGCAUGUGGUCGGAGGGAGAAACUGCUACAGCGAUGCAGCCGAGCGAGGGCCACCCGUAUUUCAUGGACCCACGCGGCAGCACUCCGCCGGCCUUCGACAACCCUGCCGCGGGUACACGGAGCAACGGUGCACAUCAACCACACAAUGCUUUCUUCCAACCCGACCCAAACCAGGUAUUCCAUCAGAAUGGAGUGCCGGCGUGGAUGGGUCCAGACGGCAGCGCUACGGCCAACCAAGACCGCCACCCGCCACCCGGUUACUAUACUCCUGCAAACGCAAACAUUCAGCCAUUGUACAAAGAGUACAACGAGCCGCCGAAUCAGAACCUUAUCGUCCGACGCGGUCCUCCUCCGACCACUCUUUUUAACGCAGACACUCGAACGCGGACGCCAGCACAGACCACGGUGCCGGACUCCAAUAGCCCGCCAAGCGCCCGCCCGAAUCUGCCACCAUCUGUCUCGAGUUUGCCGCCUGUCCCAGGCCUACCGCAGCGUCCGGCCGUCAAUCCGCCGAACCUCAGCAAGGGUGAGAUGCAGUAUAUGCAUCAAGGUGGUAUGCCACUCAACCAAGCAAGAUUCAGCACAGACUACACGCCCGCGAUCAAGCGCGAGCUCUCGAACCCGUCGAAGUCUGCUUUCAUGCCGGACAGUACCUCCAGAGCGGUCUUUGACGCUAGCCUUGAAGAUAUGAUUAGCGAGCAAGCCGAGUCAGCGAAGCAUAAGCGUGAGGGCCCAGGGAAUAAGCGUCAGCCAGAGGUUCUCACUAAGAGUGAGCCGGACGAGCCGUCUAAGAGUGAGCCGGACGUGCUUUCUAAGAGUGAGCCGGACGGGCUUCCUGAGCGGAAGGUCACGCACCGCGAGGAGCUGCCUACGAAGCCGAGCCCGGGCUUUAAGAGAGUCAUCGACAACGCAGGCGGUCAGAUUGACAGUGCGGCACGCUCCAGGCCGUACUACAGGCCGCACUACAGAGACAUUCCAGUCGAUGAUGGAACCCACAAGAAAUCGACAGCAUCAAAGCGCGUGAAGUCCAGGCUCCUAUGUGACGACGCUAGAAACGUCGGUCUGGAGGAGGAAAUUGCGAAGCGACCGAAGUAUUGUUUCGAUCGCUUAGCGCACGAGCGUACGGAGUUCGUCUUGGGCGACAUUAGCGGAGCUGUCACGGCGGAGACGGAGGAUGUGGUGCGCGACCCGCAGGAUACGCAUCCCUGAAAGGAUAUGCCGACUUUGAAGGCCAUGGGUGCCGAGGCUGCUCGAGAGGCCCGAACGCUGAGAAGAGUGCUGAGAAUGUGGCGGAGUGAUUGAGGCUGCGUGCUUGCAGGUGCGUGCGUUGAUGCCUGUGCUGACCAUGAGCCUCUGCAUGCUGAACAGCAGCUCGGGCCGUCGAUUGUUGGAUUGGAGGCUUACGGCGUUAUGGGCUAAACAAACGCCAUCGCCGGCUUGCGCAGCGAAGCGCAGCCUAUGGCCGAAGGAAUUGGCGUUGCAAAUGAGGUGAGUCCCUGCCGGCUGGCAGGCGACCAGGUGUGUCCUUGGCUUUCCUAAUGCUUGUUCGACUGUGUCGUGCCGACUUACCAACUGACUGUCUUGUAAUCAUACAAACGCAUCGUUACUGUUAUCAUUUGCCAACAUAUAUUUUAUGUAUAUCCGCUGUUCGCAGGCAACAGAGCAGCAAUGCUUAC